AGAUGCCUGUGACAGACCAGGCCUUUGUGACCCUUGGUACCAACGAUGUUUACUGCCAUGGAGCGCUGGUUCUUGGACAGUCCUUGAGGAACCACAGGACAUCCAGGAUGCUGGCAGUACUAAUUACACCCCAAGUCUCCAAAGCAAUGAGGGCUGUCCUCAGCAACAUAUUUGAUGCUGUGGUUGAUGUGGAUGAAAUUGAUAGCAAAGAUGCGGUGCGUUUGGCUCUGCUGAAUAGGCCAGAAUUGGGUGUAACCUUUACCAAGUUUCAUUGCUGGACACUUACUCAAUUUAGCAAGUGCGUCUUCAUGGAUGCAGACACUUUGGUACUAUGCAAUAUUGAUGAGCUGUUUGAUCGGGAUGAACUCUCUGCCGCUCCUGAUUCUGGCUGGCCAGACUGCUUUAACAGCGGUGUCUUUGUUUUCCGUCCUUCUUUAAAAACCUUCAACCUCCUCCUGCAGUUUGCAAAUGAGUGUGGUAGCUUUGAUGGAGGCGAUCAAGGACUAUUAAACAGUUUUUUCAGCGACUGGUCGACAGCUGAUAUUAGCAAACACUUGCCAUUUCUCUAUAACCUGAGCAGCAACGCUGUCUACACUUAUGCCCCUGCAUUCAGAUAUUUUGGCAGAGAUGCAAAGGUAGUCCAUUUCUUGGGGUCAGCAAAGCCCUGGAGCUACAAAUAUAAUCCUCAGACAAAAACCAUUAUAGAGGAUGGUUCGGCUUCAGUAUCUGAAAGUCAGCGUUCCUUUCUUGAACUUUGGUGGGAGACGUACAGUUCCAGUAUAUUACCCUUGUUGGAAAAAUUGCAGGAAUCCUAUGAGUCAGAGCUCCAGAAAGAAGAGCCUGACUUGAGUGAAAAUCAAAUUGGAUUUGAAGAAGAAGCUCUUGUCUCUAGCUAUCCUUUGCCUGUAGCAGUGAAUACAGAAUAUGUAACAGAAACUACCGUAGAGUCGUGUGGUGAAUUCUCUGCCAAUACUCAGCCGGUACAGAAAGCGGAGGGCAGUCUUGAUGUCACAGUUGCUGAGCCCAGUCAGUCAUCCACACUGCCCGUUGUCCAGCCAGUCCUUCAGCACACUGUAGAAAUAGUGGGUGCAACUCUCUAUUCUGGCACCUGUGAAAAAGAGAACACACAGGAAGAGGUUACCAGCUCUGUUUCAGAGCUUUCUAUUCAACCAGAACCAGAACCAGACCUACCAAGUGCAGAAGAUCAACGAAGAAAAUGGGAGGAAGGCCACAUUGACUACCUGGGGAAGGAUGCCUUUGAAAACAUUCAAAAAAAGUUGGAUUCCUUUUUAUUAUAGCUCUUGUUUUUGUGAGCUUACAGCUAAAUC